AAGGAGAGGAAGCGCUGAGUAAUAGAAAAUAUUCCACAGCGACGACUCUCCGGCGGAGCUGGUGGUUAACUCCGCCUUACCACGGCUGCCUGUUGAAAAACAUUAAUCGAUCACCAUGGAUGGAGAAGAGCUCAAAGAAGGACUUUCGAGCUUAUCAGAUACAGAAUUGACCGGCAAAAUUGCUAGGCUAAAAAAAUCUCUGUCUAGCAACAUUGGUGUUAGGUUACCCGAUGGAGGUGAAAAGCUUAGGGCAAAUAUCAAACUGCAUGAGGAUGAAUUAGAAUGGAGGAAACGGGUCGGUUCCGAUCAGGCAGAGUCUAAGCCAGCCAAUGCUUUCCAAGAAGAACUAUAUGCUCUGAAUCCCUGUGACCGCAAAAGUAUAUUAAACAACCAGUUUUCACAAAGAAAAAGACACAAGCGAGAGUUAUUGUCACAGGAAGCACCUUAUAAGUCUUCUGUAGACAAAGGUGAACAAGUUCUGAAUGUUGAUCUAAAAGGAUGGGAUUCUUCUACUCGUUCUAAAGAAAAUAUCGCCAGCUGUUUCUUGGACAAGUUUAAAGCCUCUCAAGCACAAUCUUCAUAUACUCGAAGGCAUGCAAAUGGGCAGGCUGUUGUUCUAGUGGAUGAGGAGGAUCCUGAUGCAAUUAAAGAGACAGAGCCAGUGGACCAAGUAAUUGAACGAAAGGCAACCACGAUAUACUAUCCUUCACGGGUUGAUCCCGAAUCCGUUGAAAUUUGUUGUUUGGACAUGGAAUCUCUAGCACCUGAAGCAUAUUUGUCAUCGACUAUAAUGAAUUUCUACAUCCGGUACCUCCAGAAGACAAAACCUCAUGCAGAUGUCGAUGAGUAUCACUUUUUCAAUACAUAUUUUUACCAGAAGCUCAAAGAGGCUGUACUGAGCAAGCAGAAUGAAAAGGAAGCUUCAUUUGUCAGACUAAGAAGGUGGUGGAAAGGGGUGAAUAUAUUUGAGAAAGCCUAUAUAUUUCUUCCCAUACAUGAAGAUCUUCAUUGGAGCCUGGUUGUAAUUUGCAUACCAGAUAAAGAAGAUCAACUGGGGCCAAUUUUACUUCACUUGGAUUCAUUAGGGCUUCACUGCAGCAAGUCCCUUUUUGCUACCAUAAGAAAAUUUUUGGUAGAAGAAUGGAAAUUCUUAAGACAAGGAGAAGUGCCAGCUCUUCCUAUUUCAGACAAAAUAUGGGAAAAUCUUCCACGAAGAAUUGAUGAAAACAUCAUUCAGGUCCCACAACAAAGAAAUGAGUAUGACUGCGGUCUGUUUGUUCUUUUCUUUAUGGAGCGUUUCAUUGACGAAGUUCAUAGAAGGCUUAAAAAGAAGGAUUUCACCAUGUUUGGAAGAAGGUGGUUCAAACCUGAAGAAGCCUCUUGUUUGAGGAUGAAAAUCCACAGAAUACUCGAGGAAGAAUUCAAGAAUGCGAGUGAGAAUGAUUGAUAUUUUUGGGAUUGCUACUGUGUACAGGUAACUACUCUUGCUCAAAGAAAUCCACUAGCAGUUUUUCAGCAUAGACUAGGAACUGCUAAUCACCAAAGGUCAUGACAUGCCUGCCUUGCAUAGCUGUAAAGUUGGAUACUGUUGUCAGUCACGCAUCAACCAUAAACAGGCAGAGGAUUUAGUAGAACUGAUAUUGACCCAUCCAAUGGGAAGGAGAAAUACACUAGACUUCCCUGGGAAAUAUAUACAUUGUACAGAAACCAUAAUUGAACAAUCACCAAGGGGAAAAAAACCGAAGAUUUGGGUGAUGCAUCGAUAUUGACCAUCUGCUGAAGCGAGUAGCCCCUAAAACCAGAAGCUGCAGCCAUGUCCAUUUCAAAGAUGGAAGGUAUCUAUGGAUCACCAGUUCCCCCCUCCCCCUCUCUCGAUUUGUGGCAGUUUUCCUUCUGCUAAAAACAGUUUCACAUGUU